AUGUCUUCAACCGACGAAUCCCCUGCUCAACGAGCAGCCCGAUUACGGCGCGAACGCCGCGAGGCCAAGAUAAAGGAGGGAGGAGCGUCUCGUUUAGACAAAAUCACAAACUUGAGCGGACGAACACCCUCAAAAGAUCGCGAUGAUGCAUCACCGUCUCCUUCCCCACAGCCCCCUGCUGCUGCCCCCUCUCCAAGCCCCGAACCACGACCAACGCCGCAACAAGCACAACAAACAUCUAGUCAAGCACCACCACAGCCGAGUGUCGUAGAUGCAACUCCAGAUGCGUUCCGCGAACAGCAAGAAGCUCUCCGUGCCCUCCUCCGCCAACCAGACCCCUCUCAACAGGAGGGCGGCGAAGAAGAAGACCCGACCUUGAAACUCUUGAACUCUCUCAUGGGCGGAAUGCCUGGUGCCGCUCAAGGUGCCAAUCCCGGUGGGGAUGCUGGCGGAGAUGCUCCAGGUGGUAUCCCUCCGGGACUUGCAUCUUCACUUGGUCUUCCGCCGUGGAUGGCGGACGUGCUUGGCUCUGCGACCCAGCCACCGUCUGAGGAGCAAAAGAAGGCUACCCUGACCUGGAAGGUUCUUCACAUUCUGUUUUCGGUGGUGCUUGGAGUCUACAUUGUUUUUCUAGCCAGUUCGUCCGUUGCAACGUACGGCAAACAACCGCCACCUCCAGCCACGGCACGGAACCCGUUCCUUUUCUUUACGACGGGAGAGCUCGUGUUGAGCGGGGCGAGGAUCAUUAUGAAGAAUGGUGGGCCACCUGGGCCAUUUCUUUAUAUUCAGCUGCUACGAGACUUUAUUCGCGAUGGCAGUAUUGUUCUCUUUUUGUUUGGGAUGGGCUCUUGGUGGAAUCAGGGAUGGUAA